CUGUUGAGGCCACAUUGAAAUAUACUCUACAUAUGUAUGUAUGUAUGCAUUUGGAUGUGCGCUCGAAGAGCAAGUGGCAGCAAUGUAAGGUAAAUGGCAAAAUGUUAUAAAACAAAAAUAAACUGCGCAUUAUUCCAAAAAAAAAUCUCAAAAACAAAGGAAUCUUACAUAUUAUUAUAAUAGACGGCAAAACGUCUGAUAAAGCCCCCAACCGGUCUCCCAUUUUGCGCGACCGAGAGCUAUGCAGAGAGCGAACGCCAAGCAAAUGCAAAAACAACAAUACGCAAAAUAUCGUGUCGACAGUGGCAAUGGCAAUACUAAAAGCAGAGUAAAAUCAGAAAACGGCGCUUUUUGCACCGGCUCUCCGCUGGGUAUAUAAAGGAAAGUGCGCAGCAAAAAUCCAGUUUAAUUGAAUAACACAAUUCGAGAAGUGAAGACAUACGUUCAAAGGUGCUGAAUAAGCAACUUGUAUAGAAGAAAGCAGCAAAAAUAUAUUAUAUAUUUUCAAGUAUUAUCCUAAAGAAAAGAGAAGUAGCCAAAAGAAAGUGUUGCACUUAAAGGAAAUUGAAAACAAAAGCUACAUAAAAGCAACCGCAAGAUCUCAUUUGUAAUUUAUCAACUGCAAAACCAAAGUCAAAACAAAAUGUCUGAGGCUUAUUUCGAUGAAUACGAGCACUACAACUUCGACCACGACAAGCAUAUCUUCUCGGGUCGCAGUGGCAAGCAACGCAGCAAGAAGGAGGCCAGCGAGCACACUAAUCACUUUGAUCCUAACGGACAUUCACGCAAAUUAGUUACUAAAUUUAUGAAUACCAAUAACAAUCGAAAGACGUGUGCCACCAAGAAUUGAGUGUUGGUCCAAAGUGAGGUAGAAGUUGUGCAGCAGCAGCAACCACAACAGCAGAAACAGAAGCAGAAGUACAAACGCGUUAGUGAGGAGCAAAAAGUUAAAAAUUUUAUAAAAAUCGAAAAGGAGACAAAGCAGAAACCUAAGAAGAAGAAAGCGGGCUUAAUUGGAGCUACGUGGCGUCGUAAUAAAUCCAACAAAAUAAAAAUUUUCGAGCGUUAGAUUUAGAGUAGAGUUUAUUGAAGAGAGAAGCAGUAGGAGGAUCUUGGUCUAGCAGCUGAAACAGGAUAACGAGUUUUGGUGGGAUUUUAAACCAAGCGAAAGCUAAAAGUAAAGCAGGAGGUUGCGCGGCGUCGCGGCGAAGUAUUAUUGACGGCGUGUGUUGACGGCCAACUACUUGCAGAAACUGCCAAUUUUAUGUUACAUACUGACUGACAUAUAAUUGUGCAGCGUAUGCAAGUUGGGCGGCGGUUCACACAUAAAGCAAAUACAAAAAAAAAAAAAAUUUUUGAGAAAAAAAGUUGCAUUGCGAA